AUGAUUCAAUAGGUCUUUGCUUAUAAAAUUGUAAUCAAAAUUUAAAAUCUAAUUGCAUUUGUGGCUUAAUAAAUAAAGUUGUUUGCACAAAUAUAUAAGUAUGUUAAAAUCAUGACGAUUAAAAUGGUUAUUGUAGAGAUAAAUGCUAAAGUAAUUUACAAAGAAAUUGUUUAUGUGGUAAUUAUUCAUCCUCUUUUUGUGGUCUAAAUGAAUAUUGUCAUGAUUUCACAUAACUUACUGGUACAUGUAUUUAAUAAUGUAAUCAAUUCUAAAACAAUUGCAUUUGUGGUUCUACUUAUUAUUCAGAAUGUUCAUCUGAAACUUAUUGCUCAUCUAAAUAAGAAGGAAUUUGUUUACAAUAAUGUUCAAACUUUUUACCUUCAAACUGUAUUUGUGGAAUAAAAACAAAACAGAUUUGUUAAAAUGGAGAAAGUUGUGUAGAUCCAUAUAAAGAUACAGGAAUUUGUAAUUUAGGAAGUUGCUUAUAAUAAUUUUAAUCAAAUUGUUCAUGUGGUGUCAUUAAUUUAGCUUAUUGUAAUAAAAGUUAACAUUGUUUAGAUAUUACAGCUGUAAAUGGAUAUUGUUUUGA